GCGUCGUUAGUUUUCAGUUUCGGCGACGCGGAGCGCACACACGCUCACUACCUCGCCGUCGUUUUCACUCCGCGUCGUUUUAUUCGCGUAACCGACGUCGCCGCGGCCAGUUCCCGGAUACCCAGCAUCCCAUCAGGAGCUGUCUCGAGAUGUGGAUCGCAGUGUCGUGUUUAUGUUUGGCGGUCCUCGCCGUCACCUCCGGGGACAACGUGACCAACCCCGCGCCGCCCCCGGAGUCGACGUGCUCCCCCAACAAGUUGACGGUGUACAAGAUGGUCCUCCACACCUUCUGGUCCAGGACCACCUUCCCAAAGCACUACCCUGACUGGAGGCCGCCAGCCCAGUGGUCCAAGGUUUUCGGUCGAAGUCAUGACAAAUCCACCUAUUUAUACCGCCUGGGUCAGAAAUCUUCCCAGGGCGUCAAGACUUUUGCCGAAACUGGACGGUCGGAUGUUUUGGAGGUGCAAAGCCAGGGACAGAGAGGUAUCUUUGAUGUGUUUAACGCACCGUCAGUGGCGCAGGGUGUUGGGCGGACUGAGGCGAAGUUUUUCGUCGAUGGAAAUCAUUCAUUGGUAUCAUUGAUGUCCAGGAUAAUUCCAUCUCCUGAUUGGUUCAUUGGAAUUGACAGUUUCGACUUAUGCAUAAAUGGAAAUUGGUUGGACAGUAUCACAAUAGAGGUUGAUCCGGUGGAUGCAGGGACCGACAACGGGUUCACGUUCACGGCACCGAACUGGGCUACGGAACCCCAGGGCGAGGCGUAUAGGAUAACGGCACAUUAUCCCGCUCAUCCUGCGGGAUCCUUCUUCUAUCCCUACCUGAGGAAGUUGCCUUCGAUCGCCACGUUCCAAUUCAUCAAGCUGAAGGAGUACGAGCUCAACGAAGUUUUCCACCACGCCGAAGACGAUCGAAAAUACGACGUUGUCAAUGCGGAGGAGAUGGUCCAGGAUAACAACAUAAAUAUAUUCAACGGAAACAAGGACUUCCAAAUGGCAAUUAACGAGGAAAGGGAGGAAAUGGAGAACCACAUCAAUUACAAGCCCGCCGAUCGACCGAAGCUGUACGAAACCCUUACCACAACGUUGUCGUCGACGCGCAGUUGGGCUAAUGACAGGAUGCAUAAUUCGAUAGAUCCAGGAAAACAAGUAACACCAUCAACUGUCUCUGGCUCGAAUGUUGUGUCGUUGGGUAAUAAAGACGCUAUAUUGAAUGGAAUUGCGCAAUUCUACACCAAUCCCAAAAAGAACGACAAACCUAGACACAAGAAGAACCGAAGGACGAAGAAAUAUUAUAAGAAAUAUCGUCCCCCCAGAGACUGCAGAGUGAGUGAUUGGUCUGAGUGGAGCCCCUGUAGCAAAUCCUGCGGUAUUGGUGAGAUGACAAGAAGGAGAGAAGUGAAGAAACACGCGAAGAGAGGAGGAAGACUUUGUCCACCGCUACUGGAAACCAAAUGGUGUGGAUCAGCGAGGUCAUGCAACAAGCAGUACUUCGACUGGUAGACUCGCCAUCCUUCAAAGUCAAUUUGAACAGACUAUACUUCGGAUUCAGUGUCCACACCUUUGGUGCAGUGUGCGGUUUCAGCCACAGACUGACUCACAUUCUAAAAAGUGGCAUUUUAUAAGGUUUUUCGACUGUUUUCUAUGAAAGAACAAAAAUGGUUGUUUGAAUAUAUUUAUUUUGUCGAACUUUUUAAUAUACUUCAGAGUCUUGCUACUUCUUCAAUUGUGACAGGCAAUCUUUGAAUAGAUUACAUAGAGUACUGGUCUUAUAUGGACCUCCUUUAUAUUGGGGGACGAUUAUGUGUAAAAAUUAUGAGAGAAAUUCAUCUCUGAUAGAACUCGCAGAAUUUUCUGUUUUGAUCACCUUGUAUUACAAGAUAACUGUCGAUAUCUAAGAGUUCUAAUAAAAACUGUAAAACCAAA